AUGUCUAUCUCAAAUCUCAACAGACCAGCAGGUACGGCCGAGUUUCAAAUGAAGAAUUGAUGAUAAAAAUGUAAAAAAAAAAGUUCCAAAAUUUAUAAAAGCGUAAAAACGUGGCGAAUUUCACGUUUCAUUUCCAUUUUUCCUUCAAUAUGCUUCUUUCUCUUUAUAUUAUUUUGAUGAUUUAUUUUAGGUUGUAUUAAUUGUUCUGUAUGGAUAUUUUUUUCAAGGUCAUUAGUUUGCUUUCAAAAGAUCAGUAGUUGACUCAAAAUAAUAAGCCGUUUUUUUGCCUGAUAAUUUUUUUCUAAUUUAAUCAUUUUUUUAAUUACUUGACCUAGGAUAUUUCGAACAGCCUAUCAAGCCAAUGGUUGUUUUAAAACUUAUAAUUUAUGAAUUUUUUUAGACGCGUUCGAGCAGCUUGAGCAAGAGGACGGCGUUCGUCAAGGAGUUUGCCACAUUCGUAUCCAGCAGCGUACCGGUCGCAAGACCAUCACCACCGUCCAGGGAAUCGGCACAGAGUACGAUCUCAAGAGAAUCGUUCAGUACUUGAGAAAGGUAUAUAUUUUGAAGUUUUGGAGGUUUUCUUGAACCGCCGAAUGUGUUGCUUUUUGUUCUCUUUGUGGCUAACAACAUUUUUGGGUGCUAAUAAUUGUGCGGUCUAUUUUUUUUUGAAUAAUUUAAGAAAUUAGUAUAUUUUAGAAUGAUUGCUGGAGUGCUUAAAAGGGCGGAACCUAAGUAAUAAAGGUCCCGGGCACAAUGCAAAAAGUGUUUUUGAGGAUAUAUGAGAACAUCAAAAAAUAUUUGACGGCCAAAAAUUGUCCCCAAAGAACGAAAAUACCAAAAUUUAUCUUUUUAGGGCAUUGUAAAACUUUCCAUAGUUAUAUGCCUCUUAUUUCCUCUCCAGAUCUCCUCGUUCUCUGAUCCUCCCACCUGA